AUGUCGAAAAUAGACAAAAAAUUAAUAAAUCUCAAUAAAAAUGAAUUCGUUGAUCGUCGAAUAGAGGAAAAUGAAAAAUUUCCCGAGUUAACCAUACGUUUAGAAACAAUUGAUAGUGUGCUCUUACUUCUAGACUCGCAGGAAGAAAUGGUCUUAAUUAAUAGUCUCAAACAUAUCAUGGAAUAUGUACGCAGAAAUGAAGAAAACGUAAUAUUACUUAAAGAGAAAAAUCUUUUGAAUUUUUUGCUACAGAAAGGAUUAUAUCGCCAAAAUAAGAAUAUUUUGGUUAAAAGAUUAUCCUUAUAUUUGACCAGUUUUAUUAUGGAAAAUAUAAAUUGUUUGUUGGAAUUAGAUACUUCUAAAAUACGUGAAAUUGUUCAAUUGUGCUUAAUAUUUUACCUAGAAGAAGCUGAUGAUUUCUGUUGUGAAUAUUUAAGUGUCAUACUGAAUAAGUGUUUAGAUGAUCCUCAAGUAGUGGAAAUGGUACUCAAUGAUAAUGAAUUUGUAUCAAAAUAUUUCUCUACUGUGGCCAAUUCAACAAAUCCAGAUGUUCUUUUGCAUUCUAUGGAAUUAAUGAAGAAAAUAUUGUUGGUGCUUGAUAAUGAAGAAAAAAGGAAUUUUAUUACCUUAAAUUCAUUCCCCCUUAAACGUUUAUUGUGUGAAUUAAAUUGUGAAUAUUUCGAUAUAAGAAAAUCCGUUUUAAAGGUCUUACAAUCUUUAGUAACAGAAACUGGUUCAAAUAAUGUCUUAAAUCAAGAACCCUGGUGUUCUUUAUUAUUAGAGCAAUUAACGAUUAUGUUUUGUGAAAGUUUGCUACCAGAAGAAUUACAUAUUUUAGUGGAGGUUUUGGCAGCAACUUUGGAGCAAGAACUGAUGAUUUCGCUAUUCUUUGAAUUAAAUCUAUUUGAUAAAUUUUACUUGCGUAUUACUGAUGGUUCUAUAGAGUUGGAAAUCGUAUGUAAAGCCUUGUGGGUCUUGGCGGAAUGUGCUAAAUGUGUUAAAUUUAUACCACGCUUGGUUUCUAGCGGUUUAACGGAAAAAUUAUUAGAAUGUUUGCUUAAUGAGGAUAAUAAUGCCGCUGCUCAUAUUUUGUUGGGCUUAAAUCGUUUGAUGAAAUCUCCUUUGGCUUCCAAAAGAAUUAUUGAGGCUUAUGAUCAGGAUUUAUUAAACAAAAUAUUAAAGCUUCUAAACGAUAAAGAAAUCAAUAUAAAAACUAGAGAACAAGCAGCUAAUUUAUUGGAAAAUUUACUGUCUUACGCCUUUCAUAAAUCCGUUAGCUUGAUUUUGGAUUUAAAAUUUUCCAACAUUUUGUCCGAUGUUUUUGCUCAAGCCCCCGAAGAACGUUCUAUAGAUUUGCUUUUAUCUUUAUUGAAUAUAAUUGAAAUGAUUACCGUUAAUGCCGAUUAUCGCCAAGAGAUUUGUGCAAAUAGUUCUUUGAUUUCCAAUAUAGGUUUGUUGUUAAUGAAUUCUUUUUCGUCUGCCAUUUUGGUGACAAACUUGUUCCGCUGUUUGUGCAGCAUAGUGGAUGAAGAAGUCAUACAUCAGCUACUGCUUGAAACCUAUUUAUGUUCCUCUAUAAAAAGAGCUUUGCAAUCUCUUUCUAAUCAGCUUAAAACAGCUGCUACGAAUUUUAUCAUGCAAACCACAAGAUUUCCUAUACUUCUAGCAGCAUAUAUUGAAUCGGGUGUAUUAGAGGUUCUUAUACUCCAUCAGAAACAUGCUUAUUGUGUACCCACCUGGACUCCAGCCAUAGAGAGCAUUCUCUCUAAAAGUCCUACUCUUAAGUUUUGUAUACGCAAUACUUUGGGUUUCACCGAUAUUACGGGGGGCUCAGAUUUCAUGGUUUCGAAAAAGAAAUUCGAUGAUUUUCGUAUUUUACAAUGUAUUUUAAAAGAAGAAGUUUCGCCUUUACAUCCGGUGAUUGUGGUAAAUUUUUCAAGAAUUACAUCGCCAGACAAUCUAGUUGUUAAAGUUCCCGUAAAUUGUCAUCAAAAUGAUGAAUUAAGUCGUGGUUCGGAAAGUAAAGAAUGGUGUUAUUGUCGUUCACCGGGAGAUGAAUUUUUACCCAAGUAUUUGGCCCAGGUCAAUAAUAUGUUGGAGUUAGAAAAUUUAGCUGUAAAUCCCUUGAAAUCAAAGAAAACCAUUGAUUUCGAUAAUAUAACUAAAAGGGUCAAAAUCAUAGCCCAAGUUGUGGCUGAAGCUCUAGGCAAUGAUUUGGAGACUUUAGAUUUAAAUACUACUGAGGAGUGUUCAUAUCAAAAGGUCAAUUGCCAUUUGAAAGAAUUGUGCAUGGAAUUGCAUUGUUCCUUUAUACCUUUGGGACGUAUACGCAGUGGUUGUCAAUUUGAACGAGCUAUACUCUUUAAAACUUUGGCUGAUCAGAUCGGUUUACCCUGUACCCUGCAGCGCAGUGUAGAUGGUCGUAUAUUGUUUAAUGAAUUACCACUACCUGUGGAAUUAGAGCAAGAUGUUCAUUGUGAUAAAAACACCCUAAACUUUAUGCCCUGGCGUUUACUAAGACCCACCCAUAUUGUGGAUUUAAUGCACAAUGUGGGGGAAUUGUAUCCUCUACAUAGCCGCCAAGCUUUACAAUACUUAAGAUUGUGCUGA